AUGCACCUGGGAUCCUCCCUGGGCCUGCUCCUGUGCUGCCAUGAUUUGCACCUCUGUGCUGUCUUUGAGUCCAGCCCUCUCCAACCUUCGACAUAUCUCGUAGGAAUCAUCAUCUCUAUUUGCGGGAACGUCCUUAUCAGCAUUUCCCUUAACAUACAGAAAUAUGCACACGUUCGUCUGUCCCAGCAAGGCUCCAAGCCCUAUUACACCUCGGUGCUGUGGUGGUCCGGUCUGGUACUCAUGGGAGUUGGUGAACUUGGGAAUUUUGCUGCCUACGGCUUUGCUCCAGCAUCCCUCAUAGCUCCCCUGGGCUGUGUGUCUGUCAUAGCUAGCGCUCUCAUCUCUGUGAUUUUCCUCAAGGAGACCCUGUGCGUCUCUGACAUUGUUGGUGGCACGCUUGCAAUAACAGGAACCUACAUUUUGGUGACGUUUGCCCCCCACACCUCCACUCACAUUACAGCCCAGCUGAUCCAGUUCUAUUUUAUCAGCUGGCACUUUCUGCUGUACCUCAUGAUCGAGGUCAUUGCUUUUUGCAUCCUACUCUUUGUGUACAAGAAGAGGAAUACAAAGCACAUUGUCAUUGUGAUGCUGCUGGUGGCACUGCUUGCCUCUCUUACGGUCAUCUCAGUGAAAGCCGUGUCAGGAAUGAUUGCGGAGUCCAUACAAGGUCACCUGCAGCUCAUCUAUCCCAUCUUCUACGUUAUGCUCGUCAUCAUGGUGGUUUCGUGUGCCUUCCAGAUCAAGUUUCUCAACCAAGCAAUGAAAAUGUUUGACGCCACAGAGGUGGUUCCAAUCAACUUUGUGUUUUUCACUGCAAGUGCCAUUGUUGCAGGGAUAAUCUUUUACCAGGAAUUUGAAGACUUGGCAUUACUGAAUAUUUUCAUGUUCCUUUUUGGGUGUCUACUAUCGUUCCUAGGAGUUUUCCUGAUUGCCAGAAACAGGCCAAAAGCAAAAAAACAAGAAAGCAAUUUCAUUGCAAUGGAUAUAAUCCCAGGAGGGAGACGCACAGACAGAGUGCAGCCCGAGAGCAAAACUGAAACAUAUGGCUCCCUGGCAGCCAAGUUCAUGUGUAAUAGAGGUGGCCAAACAGAAGAUUCAUAG